UGUAUUCGCCGGCCCGUCGCAGUUCCAUCGCGAUUCUUUGUUGGUGUUGGUGAGGUGACAAGUGCACGCAGGACAAAAACUAAAACAACUCCACAAUUUAGUCAUUUUUUAUUUGGGUGGUAGACUUGUAGUGCAAAGUGUUUGAUUUUUUUGUGUCAGGUUCCCGUUGUCUAAAGGAUUUAAGCUCAUAACGACUCACAAUGAAUGGGAUUAAUGGCCAUCACGCCAAUGGCGGCGAUUUGAACGGGUGCGGGGACAUCAUCACCCAAAAUCAACAAAAAGGGUGCUGGACUAUCGGGCUAAUUAACUCCAAACAUCGUUACUUAACCGCAGAGACUUUUGGGUUUAAAAUUAACGCCAAUGGAGCGUCUCUCAAGAAAAAGCAGAUCUGGACUUUGGAACCAGACAACUCCAAUGCGGGCGACAGCUUGAUCUACUUGCGUUCGCACUUGGACAAAUACCUCGCCGUCGACUCGUUCGGCAACGUAACAUGCGAAGGGGAAGAAAAAGAACCAGGCAGUAAAUUCCAAAUCAGCGUCGCCGAAGACGGCAGCGGCAGAUGGGCGUUCAGGAACGUCGUCAGAGGUUACUUCUUGGGCGCGUCGUCCGACAAGUUGACUUGCACUGCUAAAGUACCCGGCGAUGCGGAAUUCUGGCACAUACAUCUCGCCGCUAGACCCCAGAUGAACCUGCGGUCUGUGGGUAGGAAGCGGUUCGCUCAUCUGUCGGAGAACUUGGAUGAGAUUCAUGUGGAUGCUAAUAUUCCGUGGGGGGAAGACACACUUUUCACCUUGGAAUUCAGGCAGGAUGAGUCCGGGAAGUACGCCAUUCACACUUGCAAUAACAAGUACUUGUCGUUGGGAGGUAAACUUGUGGACACCUGCAACAAGGACUGCCUCUUCACUGCCGAAUACCACAGCGGCCAGCUAGCCCUGCGCGACCGCUGCGGCUCCUACCUCAGCCCCAUCGGCUCCAAAGCCGUCUUGAAGACCCGUUCCAACACCGUGACCAAGGACGAGCUCUUCUCCUUGGAAGAUUCCCUCCCUCAGGCUAGUUUUGUUGCGGCGCUCAACUCGAAAUUCGUCUCCGUCAAACAGGGAGUGGACGUUACUGCCAAUCAAGAUGAGAUCUCCGACCAUGAGACCUUCCAAUUGGAAUUCGAUUGGAGCACCAAACGGUGGUACAUCCGCACGAUGCAGGAUAAAUACUGGACUCUGGAGACCGGUGGCGGGAUUCAAGCCGCCGGCGAUAAGAGAUCGUCCAACGCACUUUUCGAUUUGGUGUGGCAGGGUGACGGUUCGGUGGCUUUCAGAGCCAACAACGGACGCUAUGUUAUCACGAAGAGGUCGGGGCACUUGUAUGCCACUUCCGACAACAUUGAUGAUAAUUGCAAGUACUUCUUCUAUUUGGUGAACCGACCGAUUUUGGUUCUCAAGUGUGAACAAGGAUUUGUGGGGUACAAGUCGGCCAGUAGUCCUAAACUAGAGUGCAAUAAGGCCACGUAUGAGACUAUUCAAGUGGAAAGGGGCGAAAAGGGAAUUGUGCAUUUUAAAGGCCAAAACGACAAGUACUGGCACGUUGAUAGCGAAGGAGUCACAGCUGACUCUGACACACCCGAAGCAUUUUACCUAGAACUCCGCGAACCCACACGCCUUUGCAUCAAAACUGCCAACGGUAAUUACAUGACAGCAGGGAAGAACGGGUGUUUCCGUUUGGGAGAUUCUUCGAUCGAAAAUGCCACCCAGUGGGAAUACUAGGUUAUUUUUCAUGAUUUCUUGGCUUUGUUAUUUUAGUGAGUUUUUUUGAGAUGAUCUAUUUAUUGUAUUUAUGUUAGUUUUUAAUAUGCUCCUAUUAUUUUAAGAGUUAAUGUGAUGUUAAUGAUGUCAAAAUUUUUUAAUUAAUUUAAGUACUGAGUAAAAUACUAGCCAAUGAUUAAAACCAACUGCCAAAUUGUAUGGCCUUCACACCAAUCUACAAUAAAACCCGUUGAUGUGGUACUGAAUUUUUUAUGCUUUUUUACAUACGUAUGGUAGUAUUUUCUACACUAUGUAUAUACCGGUUUGAUUUGAGUAGAUUUAUGUACUUAUACGAAGAAAUUGAUGUUGUACUGUACUUCGCAACACUACUGUGUUUAACCAGGUAAUGCAUUUAAUAUAAUUUUUAGUGUCGUCCAAGCUCAACCAUACCGGUUAUUUUUACAUAUCUUAGGUAUAAACGAGCUUGAAAUUUUUACCAAGAUGAUGGUUCAUGUACUUUUAUAAUAGCUUGUAGCAAUAUAAGGGUCCGCCCUCCAUUUUCCAAUGUAUAUCUUUUUGUAUGAUAUGUAAUACUUAUAAAUAAAACACUUAAUCGACA